ACUGUGGAAGUCCUCAGGAUUUUUUGUGUUUCCUUUCUAGAGUCACUUUGCACAAGGAAUGAUUCCAGGUGCCUGUCAAACUCUUGCCAAAAGAACUCUACAUGCAUUGCUGAUCAUAAAGAUGAUACUUGCCAUUGUGCAGAUGCAUCAGUGGACAGUGUGGAGGAACUCUGCAAUAAAACCUCCGAUCCUUGCUCCUCAAACCCUUGUCUUCAAAACGCUACUUGUUUAAGCUCUGCUGGAAACCUCAGCUUUACUUGUGAGUGCCCUGCUGGGUAUAAUGGACCUACCUGUGAAACAGCCAUCAGCAUGUGUGACACAAACCCUUGUGAGCAUGGAGGCACUUGCCAAAAUGGCCUGGCUGGGCCCACCUGCCUUUGUAAUGCAGGAUACACAGGUACACUCUGCGAAAUGGAUUUUGAUGAAUGCAUUUCCGAACCAUGCCACAAUGGAGCAGUGUGCAGGGAUGGAGUUGAUGAAUAUUCCUGCUACUGCGUCCCAGGCUACCAAGGCAAGCACUGUGACCUGGAGGUGAAUGAAUGUGUGUCAGAUCCGUGCCUGAAUGGGGCAACGUGUCUCAACCAGAUAGGGCAGUACAACUGCAUCUGUCCACUUGGGUACACAGGUACAAACUGUGAGCUGGAAAUUGAUGAGUGCUCAUCACAGCCGUGUCUGAACGGUGCGACCUGCCAGGACUCCCUGGGGAGCUUCUCCUGCUCCUGUGCGCCGGGCUUCCUCGGAGACCUCUGCGAAACCAACAUCGACGAGUGCGUCAGCCAGCCAUGCCUUAACGGGGGACAAUGCACAGACAAUGCCAAUGGGUACAGCUGCAACUGUACCGGUACUGGAUUUAUGGGCCCACACUGUGAGACUCUAACUCCCUUGUGCUGGUCACAGCCAUGUUACAAUAACGGCACUUGUGAGGACAAUGUCGACAAUUACACAUGCCGCUGUUGGCCAGGCUACAUGGGUUCUCGCUGCGAGGAGGACAUCGGGGAGUGCAGCAGCAGCCCCUGCCUCUCUGGGGGUGACUGUGUGGAGCGCUCAUGGGCCGGCCGCUACGGGAGCGUCCCCGGCCUGCCGCCCGCCUUCAGCUAUGACAAAGCCGAGGGCUACAUCUGCAGCUGUAAGCCAGGCUUUACCGGUACUCACUGUGAUGAAGACAUCAACGAAUGUUACAUGAACCCUUGCCAAAAUGGUGGAAUCUGUGAGAAUUUUCCUGGGAAUUACACUUGCCAUUGCCCACCUGCAGACAAAGAAGGGAUUUAUUACGGUGGCUGGAACUGUACAGAAGUUCUCCAUGGCUGUACUGAUCAUCAAUGCCAAAACAAUGGAAUAUGUGUCCCACAUUUAAAAAAUGGCCAACACGGAUUCAGCUGCAUAUGUUCACCUGGGUAUACUGGAAUACACUGUGAAACCGUAACCACGUUUUCUUUUCAAGGAAACAGUUUCCUUUUGUUGAAGAAUCCCCUGACCCCUAAAAAGGAGUUUUUCUAUAAUAUAAACCUGAGGUUUCAGACUGUGCAACCUACAGCUUUUCUGUUUUACCGAGGGGAGAAAAAUACGUUUGCAACACUGGAGUUACUGAAUGGCUACUUACACUUAUCCGUGCAAGUCAAUAACCAGCCACAGGCUCUUUUGCAUAUUUCACAUAAUGUCAGUGACGGAGAAUGGCAUUCAGUGGAGGUAACCUUGGCAAGAGCUGUUACUCUUCAUUUGCUUGACAGCUCUUGUGUAGAAUCGUGUCUCAAUAAAACAUCUGCUAUGAUAGAUAACGAUCACGUGAUGCUUGCAUUUCAGAGCACGUUUUUGGGCGGCUUACCAGUGGGGAACAUUAGUGGCAACUCUCUACUUAACAUCUAUAAUAUACAUUCUGCACCUUCAUUUGUAGGCUGUCUUCAGGACAUUGAAAUAGACUUGAAUGUUAUUACUCCAGAGAAGGUAUCACCUGAAUCAUCUUUAAAUGUCAGGACAGGAUGUACUAAAAAGGACUGGUGUGAAACCCACCCUUGUCAGAACAGGGGACGCUGCACCAACCUGUGGCUGAGCUACCACUGCGACUGCUACCGGCCGUACGCAGGGCCGAGCUGCGCAACAGAGUACAUUCCAGGCCGGUUUGGAUCUGAGGACUCCUCAGGCUAUGCUGCUUUUUCUGUUGAUGCCACUCAGAAUGAAAAUUUGAACGUAUCAAUGUUUGUCCGAACACGCAAACCUUCUGGCUUGUUACUGGCUUUGAGAAAUAGUACUUACCUCUACGUAAGAGUCUACUUGGAAAGUGGGAAACUCGCAAUGUUAGCUCUAAAUUCCAUGAAGUUAUUAGGGAAACACCCCAUGAAUGAUGGAAACUUUUACUUAAUAACAUUAAAAAUAGAACCAAAGAAGAUGGAAUUGUUCCAGUCCUCUCAAUACCUAGGCUUUAUUUCUACUCCAGUACUAACCAUCCAAAGUAAGGAUAUUCUUUACAUUGGAGGCCUACCAGAUAACAAAGCAACUGAUAGAAAUGGCGGGUAUUUCAAAGGCUGCAUCCAAGAUGUAAGAGUGAAUAACCAACCGCUGGAAUUCUUCCCCAUCACCAAUCCACUGAAUUCUCUAUUCAACCGAACUCUGACCAAUGUCACCCAAGGCUGCACUAGUGACAACCUCUGCAAGUCCAACCCCUGCCACAACGGCGGUGUGUGCUAUUCAAUCUGGGAUGACUUCACUUGCGCGUGCCCCCCUAACACAGCGGGAAAGGCAUGUGAGGAAGUUAAGUGGUGUGAGCUUGGGCCCUGUCCUCAUGAAGCACGAUGCCAGUUGGUGCACCAAGGAUUUGAAUGUCUUGCUAAUGCAGUGUUUAGUGGCCGAAGCAGUGCGAUAUUUUACAGAAGCAACGGAAAAAUCAGCAGAGACCUCACCAAUAUCGUAUUUGGCUUUCGAACUAGGGACACGGAUGUGAUACUGCUGUAUGCAGAGAAGGAGCCAGAGUUUGUUACCAUCAGUAUUCACAACUCCAAAUUACUCUUUCAAUUGCAAAGCGGCAACAGCUUCUAUAAGCUGAGCCUUGCUAGUUCACUGCCUGUGAGUGAUGGGAAAUGGCAUCAAGUGAUGGUCUCUAUGGUAGAGCCCCUGUCCCAGUUCUCUAGAUGGUACAUUGAUAUAGAUAACAAGAAAGACACUGCAACUAGCACUAUUGCUGCAGGAAGCCUCAACUUUUUAAGAGGAGAGACAGACAUCUAUGUGGCUGACAAGGCUUUUGACAGUCUGGAUGGCCUGCGAGGAUGCAUGAGCACCAUAGAAAUCAGUGGCAUUUAUCUCUCAUACUUUGAAAAUGCUGACAUCCCUACUAAAAAACCUCAAGAGGAGCAAUUUCUCAAAGUAUCUGCAAACCCUGCUCUUACUGGGUGUUUGCAGGUAGAUGUCUGCAGCUCAGAUCCCUGUAUGCAUGGGGGGAUAUGUGAAGACUCCUAUACUUCCUACCAUUGCGUAUGUCCCAAAGGAUGGACUGGCACCCAUUGCGAAGUCAACAUCAAUGAAUGCUCUUCAAAUCCCUGCGUCCAUGGAAACUGCACUGAUGGGAUCACCUCUUACGAGUGCAGUUGUGAACCUGGUUACACAGGGCUAAAUUGUGAAGAGGACAUAGACAACUGCCGUGGCCACCAGUGUGCAAACGGAGCCACUUGCAUUGAUGGGAUUAACGGAUAUUCUUGCCUGUGUGCUGGUAACUUCACUGGAAAAUUUUGCAGGUACAGAAGAUUACCGUAUACAGUUUGUGGGAAUGAAGAGAGAAACCUCACAUGUUUCAACUAUGGCAACUGCACCGAUCUCAGCGGGGAGUUGACAUGUGUCUGCCUGCCAGGAUUUGCUGGAGAACGGUGA